CUCAGUCGCGUGUGCUCUUUCUAGGCUUUAAACGUUGAAUUAGUGUGUGUUGUUGGAAGAAGUCGUUAUGUGUGGACCUUUCAACCAUUUUAAUAGCUGCUGAAAAACGAUAAGUUCCACUGAAAAUGGCUACCGUCGUCGCACAGUCCCAUUUCAUCUUCGGUCUGCGCACAGGUGUGAGAAACAAUUUGUGUUUCUUCGACGAGCAGACUGUCGUCUUCCCCUCCGGAAACAACUGUGUGUGCUACAACAGCCUCCAAAGAUGUCAGAGGUUCAUUCCAGGCUCAGAGAAAAGCCAGGGCAUGCGUGCUCUGGCCAUCAGUGCCAACCGGCGUUACCUGGCGGUGUCCGAGUGUGGUGAGAAGGCCACCAUCACAGUGUUCGACCUGCAGCAUGAGCAGGGCAGGAAGAGGAAGGUUCUGACUGCAGGAGACAUGCUCGUUCAAGAGUUUGUAUGCAUGGCUUUCUCCCCUGAUUCCAAGUACCUAAUAGGCCAAACCGGUGGUCCGGAGUGGACGCUCAUCUUCUGGCUUUGGGAAAAACAGAAAGUCCUGGCAACAGUGAAGACCAGUAACUCAAAUAAUCCUGUUGCCCAGGUCAGCUUCAACCCUUACAACAACACGCAGCUCUGUGUGAGUGGAACUGGUGUGUUCAAGCUCUUCCGCUACUCAGAGGGAGCCCUGAAACAGUGCAGCUUCCCGAAGGUGGAGUCUAUCAACUUCCUGUGUCAUACCUGGAUGACGGCGGAGCGUGUGAUCGCUGGGACAGACACGGGCAGGCUGCUGGUGUUAGAGUCUGGAGACCUGCGAAGAGAGAUUAACAUGGCUUCCAAGGCUGGACAGGAGCAGUCUGACAGACAAGUGGAGAUGACGAAGAUCAGAGACGCUGACAUAAAUGAAGGUCCCAAUGCGCCCCGCAUCACAGCCAUUCUGUCCUACUCCAAGGGCUUUGCAUGCUCUUUAGGGUCUGGCACGGUUUGUCUUUUUGAGAAGAACGAGGAGGACAGUUACAGAAGAAGCAGGGAGAUACGGAUCCCUCCAGACCCAUACAGCACUGAGCCGACCCUGGCUGAGUGUCAGCAGAUUGACACCAUGUGCAUCAGUCCAGCCGAGGAGACUGUGGCCAUCAGCACAGACAGAGGGCAGCUGUACAGCUUCAGCCUGUCGUCUGUGGAGAUGAACAAGGAGGAACACGGACAUUUUGAGUUCCUGUCGCAGUCCUUCCACUCCAAGUCCAUCACUGGUUUGUCUGUCUGCAUUCGAAAGCCCCUCGUGGCCACCAGCUCUCUGGACCACUCUGUCCGCAUCUGGAACUACGAAACAAAAGUGUUGGAGCUGUACAAGGAGUUCCAGGAGGAGGCGUACAGCGUGGCUCUGCACCCCACUGGCCUCUUCAUCCUGGUGGGCUUCUCUGACAAACUCAGGCUGAUGAACCUGCUUAUCGAUGACAUCCGCACCUUCAAGGAGUUCACUGUGCGCGGCUGCAGAGAGUGCGCCUUUAGCCACGGUGGCCACAUGUUUGCAGCUGUCAAUGGAAACGUCAUCCACAUCUACUCCGUCACCUCUUUUGAGAACAUUCUCAAUCUAAAGGGUCAUAAUGGAAAGGUGCGUGGCAUUGAAUGGAGCCUGGAUGACAGCCGCUUGGUAUCGUGUGGGAUGGACGGUGCGGUGUAUGAAUGGAACACACAGACCGGCAAGCGGGAAUCUGAGAGCGUCCUCAAGUCCUGCAGCUACACGGGUGUCGCUUUCUCUUCAGACUGCAAGACCAUCCUGGCUGUGGGAACAGACCUCACUCUGAAGGAGAUCCAAGAUUGUCAGGUCCUGAAGGAGGUUCCUGCUGAUGAGGUAGCUCACGCCGCCGUGGCACUGCCUCACUCUGGUAGGGUUGUCUUCACCGGGACUUCCAGCGGAACCAUCCGAGCCAUUAAAUACCCGUUACCCAUGCAGAAGGAAUGGAUCAUGUACCAGGCUCACUGUGGCCCCAUCACCAAGAUGGUGGUCACGUUUGACGAUCAGUUCCUGCUGACAGUGUCUGAAGACGGCUGCCUUUUGAUGUGGAAGAUCAUCGAUAAGGAGGGCCGAAGACUGAAGAGCAACAGGCAGAUCAUCAACACUGAAGAGAUCCUUGUCACCAAGUCAGACCUGGAAGAGAAGAACCAGAACAUGCAGGAGCUGAAGAUGCGUCUGGAGGAGCUGCAGAUGGAGAACGAGUACCAGCUCCGCCUGAAGGACAUGAACUACAACGAGAAGAUGAAGGAGCUUUCUUACAAGUUUACCCAGCAAAUAGAAUCUCUGACAACAAUGCAACAGACCAUGAAGACAGAGAUGGAAAAGCAGGAACGUGAGCACCAGGAGAGUUCUUCAGAGGUCGCUGCCAAACACGCAAAAGAGCUGAAGGAUUUAGAGUUGUCCUACAGCCAGAAGCUGAUUGUGGAGCAUGAGAAGCACCAGGACCUUCAGCAUAAACAUCAGAAAAUGCAGGAGGACUAUGAGAAACAGCUGGAGGCAGCAGAGGAGAGCAGAACCCAGGCCCUGGAGGAGCAGACGCAGCUCUACGAGGCCAAGCUGCAGGAGAAGACUCAACUGCUGGCUCAGUGUCAGGAGGACGCACAGCAGCAGAUAGUGGAGUUUAAAGAGAUCAUAAAGCAAGUAGAGGAGGACGAGGAGAGGAAGAUCCAUGACCUCCAAAUCAAGUACGAGAAGAAACUGCACACUGAGAAAGAGACCAACACCAAUCUGAAAGGAGAAACCGGUAUCAUGACACAAAAGUUCUACAGUCUGCAGAGACAGAUCGACGAGAGGUGUGCGGACAUAAACAAGCUGAAGCAGGAGCGGCAGAGGCUGCUGGGGUUGAUCCGCUCCCUGGAGAGCGACAUCGAGGACCUGAAGAGGCAGAUCUCCGGACACGAAAAGACCAACCAGGACAAGGAUAAGACCAUCUCCAGCUUGAAGAAGAAGAACCAGGAACUGGAGAAGUUGAAGUUUGUUCUGGAUUUCCAGUUGAACGAGUUGAAGAAACAGACUGAGCCUCAAAAAGAUGACAUCAAUGAGAAGAAGGAGCGCAUCCAUCAGCUGCAGGAAGAGAUGGUGCAGAUUGACAAGAUCAACACUCAGCUGAAGCUCACCAUCUCUGACCUGAGGCUCAAACUGAGGACCAGAGAUAAGGAGAUGCACAAGGAGACGCAGAAAGUGAAAGAUUUGGAGACGCAUCUUCAGCGCCUCAAGUCAGACCUCCAUAACUGCGUGGGCCUCAUCCAGGAGCCAAGGAGACUGAAGGACGCUGUGCAGAUGAUCUACACACGCUAUGUAGCACAGUCUGAUGGGGUGGAGAAAAGCAGCGUGGACGAAGAUAUUCAGAGGGCGUUCUGUCACCAGCGUGAUCACCUGGAGAAGACGGUUAAUAGUCUGAAGACGAGGCUGGCCAAAUCUGCUGAGGAGCACGACAAAGUCUACGUCAAGAUCAUGAAGGAGAACGUGACUCUGAUUGCCGAAAUCAACGAUCUGCGGAAGGAGCUGCGUUCUCUGAGGACUCAGGUCAAAGAGUACAAAGCUCAGCUGGCCACGCUCAAGAAGUCCAACAAAUCACGUCCUAACUCUGAGGAAGGACCCAAAAAGGAGCCCAAACAUGAAGACGUCCAUUAAGAAUUUCAAAAAACAAAACCAAAUCAGAGAACAAAUCAGUCCACCCCAUGGACCAGGAGCACCGUAGACCAGCAGCGACACAUGCUGUAAGCCACCAACACCAGUUUCCAGAACUGAUAGUACAAAUAGUUUGUCUUAACACAAUUAAAACUCCUUAUUUUAGCACAUAAUUACAAUGAAGACAUUAUGGUAGUAUAUGAAAUAGAUUUGUAAUCGUUCUUGUCCUCGGACUGAUUAUUGAUUCACCAUGAACACCUAAUGUGACCUCCACCAGCAGCUUUAAGGACUGGAGUCAUAUCACUGGACUGACAAAGACCUCAAAAAACAUCAAACUGUACAUUGAAACUGCUUCCUCUAGUGGAAUCACAUCAUUCAGCUAUAAUGACAACAUGAAGAUUUAAAACUAUUGCUUAUAGUAAUAGAAAAUACAUUUCCAGUACACUGGGCAUAUCUAUUAUUUCUGAACAUUUUUGAAUGCAUGCUAUAGAGCUUUAGAUAUUGUUCUUACUAUUCUAGGCAACCAUUCAUUUAUGUAUGGUAUAAAAAUCUAUAGGGAUUAGCCAGUAAACCA